GAGACACACUCCCAGCAGGUGAGGUAGACCAAACAACUUGUCUUCUGCUUUUUAAAGAACAAAAACACAGAUUCAAUUUUAUUUUUUCUUGAAUGUCUGACAUUCUGGGUUUCUCUGUACAUCAACCGCCCCGCUGUCUUCCUCUCAAGCUGCCGAACUCAUGUGACAGCCACAUUGUUUUCUCUGCAUCCUGAGCACCCCAGCCUUGAAUUUCCAAACAGACGUCGUCAUGAUGGAGACGGAGCAGGCGGCUGGGAGUUCUCCUGCCCCGAGCCAAACUGCUGUCAGGACCUGGCUCUCCUCCAGCACAAGAGGAGCACCCAGGACACCCACUGACGCAACCUCCCGUUUCCUCGGAGACGGGGUUCGCUACAAAGCAAAGCUGAUUGGCGUGGACUCGGUACCCGACGCCCAGGGGGAAAAGAUGUGCUGGGACUCCAUGAUGAAGCUGAAGGGCUUUGAGGCAGCAGCAAGGAAACAGGGGAGACACAAGCAGAGAGUUUGGCUGAAGGUUUCCUCCACUGGCCUGAGAAUUGUGGAUGAAAGGUCCGGGGAGGUACUUUAUGACCACGACAGGAGCAGGAUCAGCUCUUUGACGAAAGAUGAGUCUGACCCCAGAGCUCUGGCCUACGUCUACCAACACCAAGACACCUACAGCCUCUUCUACAUCAAGAUGGCCAACCUGGCAGAUCCGGUUCUGGUUGACAUCAAGGAGGUUUGUCAGGCUGUCGACCAAGAGACACCACAGGAACCAGCAGAGGCACAAACUAGUUCAUUACUGCUUCUAAAUGACAGUUCAGCCCCUCCAGUCGAGGGUCCACAUUUAAAGGAAGUGUUCAGUCCACGGCCAGAUUCUCCAUCGGGACAAUUAAAUCAGGCGUCUUCCAGUAAUGAGCUGAUGGAGGUCUUCGCCAUUCAGAUGGAGGACCCAAUGAUGCCCAGCCAGACCUCAUGUACCAGUCAGCCAGAGUCUCCACAGCCAGCGCUCUCCAGCUCUCAGAUCCUCUCCCUGUUCCCCACACAGCCAGUUGGGGGUUCUCCAUACUCCUCUCCCCCGUACUCUCCCACCGCCAUGCCCUGGGGUCAGCAGGGGCUUCUGGGAAAUCAGUGGGCAGGUUCUGCAGCGGCGCCCUGGCCCACAGUCCCCGGUAGUAUGGCAGCAUGGCCGGCAGGCGUCGCAGCGCCCCCUGUAGGCGGCCACAUUCAGGCUCACAGCGCUCAACCAGGAUUCAUGAUGGGUGGAAGCACGCCCGCCUCACCCACCGCUGUCGACCCUUUAAACUCCAUCUAUGCCCCCGCUGGAGAAACAGGACCUCUGCAGUCCCCCACUUUGGACCAUAAUCUCCUCCUGUGAUGAACUGGGUAGAGUUGGAAACUGAACAUAGAGUGACGGCUUCUGAUUUGAUUGAAUUUGGUUAUAAUUGUUAUUUGAUUUUCAAGAGAAUUUAGCUGCGAUGGUUUCCCCGACAUAAGUAAUAUGAGAACUGAAAAUUGAGUGGAAGGUGUAUGAUGGGGGUGUUUUGUUUUCAGUUCUAAAUUAAUGCAGCAGUAUUAUUAUGAUUAUUAACAGUCUACAGGCAGCAGCAGUGAGUUUUAGCUAAAGAUUCUGCAGCUAAUGUUAUUUAUGUAACUACCAACAACAACAACAAUAAUAAUAAAAUAUACAGUAAAUGUCUGCUCACUGAAAACUGCACAAAAUGUAAUUUCAUACGUGUUUCUCUAUUUGUGUGAAUCUGGACACUUUCUUUUAUUUGCUUAUAUAAUCAAAUAUUUUUGUUGCUAUUCAAGAAAACUGAAAGAUUGAAACAAUCCAACAUGUCAGAGUUGCAGUAUAAGGUAGUCAAUGUUUACUGUUUACAUGUAUGUAUGUAUGUGCUAAUGCUGCCCCCUUUUUUUGGAACAAAAUACAUGUAACUGUACAUUUUCAAACACAUAAUAAAAAAAAACCUGACUGUUC